UUACAUCAAGCAUAAAUCGGCCUUAGUCACACGCGUAUGUUAACUCCGUAUUAACGUUGAGGUUUACAGUUUUAGCGGACUUUUCUUAGCGGAUUUACAAUCAUCGCGAAUUGAAUUAUGGGGCGUUUCAGGCCCGACGUGAACAUAAUUGUACACUCGCAAACUCCAUUAGAAACGAGGGCUCAGGGGCUUAAAUUGCAAACUUUCCUUGCUUGUCUAAUCAUUUGGACCGACGACAAAUAUGGCUGCGGCGAUUCCCCAAGGGCAUAUGACGAGGGUGUGUCUUUUAAGUGUUUGGACUGCAACCUAAGUAUUUGACAGUUCCAUAAGAAUUUAUGUCAGGAACUAAGAGGGGCAGCUAAAAUGGGUCCUUCGUUCUUACGUCCUCAGAUGCACUGACACAAAAAACGUGGGUUAUGUGAACGAUGAAGUAGUUGUGAAACAGCUAGCUAGCUAGCUAUACAAUACCAAAUUAUUAUAUUUUUGUAAUUGAUAAAGUAGUAUAACAUCAGUCGGGAAACUCGGCACCGUAGGAACACCUUGAAGGGCACAACACGUCAGUAGACACCACACACCGAAGAAAUGUCCUCAGUCAAGGAGGAAGGUAAGGACCGUGUCAUCUUUGUGACUAAGGAGGACCAUGAAACACCGAGCAACGCUGAGCUGGUGGAGGAGGAUCCUGAUGACCCCUAUGAAGAACGAGGUCUGAUCCUGCCCAAUGGGGAGAUCAACUGGAACUGCCCCUGUCUGGGAGGGAUGGCCAGCGGUCCCUGUGGAGCAUCGUUUAAAGAGGCCUUCUCCUGUUUCCACUACAGCAAGGAGGAGGUGAAGGGCUCAGAGUGCCUGGAGCAAUUCAGGGGCAUGCAGGAGUGUAUGCAGAGAUACCCAGAACUCUACCCCCAGGAGGACGACAAGGAGACCCAGGGAGGGCCAUCUGAAACAGAUCCCUCCAAACAAGACUCUGCCCCUGAACCAACCUCUACCCCUACACUUGCAGCCCCUGUCCAAGACUCUAGCACUUCCACUGCCCCUGCUGACACCCCACCACCCUCAAAAUGAUUCACAACAAGCCCUUUCUAUGGAUGUGUUAAGGUGAUCCUUUUUGUAUCAAUUAUUUAAACUGAUAAAUGAACGUGUUGACUAUUCCCCCCCACUCUAACCCAGAUCGGGUUUUCCUCAUAGAAUAUAAGAGACUUGUAGAGGGAGAAGGGUGGUCCCGUGUGGCUCAGUUGGUAGAGCAUGGCGCUUGCAACGCCAGGGUUGUGGGUUCAUUCCCCACGGGGGGACCAGGAUGAAUAUGUAUGAACUUUCCAAUUUGUAAGUCGCUCUGGAUAAGAGCGUCUGCUAAAUGACUUAAAUGUAAAUGUAAAUGUAAGGGUAAGAAAAAAGAUGGGAUAACUUUACUCUAGGUGUGUGUAUAUUUCUCUCUUUUUGCUCCUUCAGGAAAAAACCAAGACCAUGUGCUGUGCUAUCCUUUGCCAUUACUCAUGUUCUGUUUUUGUAUUGAUUGUUCUCUUUACUAUAAAGUCCAUUAGUAAUUGC